UGUUUUAACGAUUUCGUGUACAGGUGAUGAACACUAUUAACAACAGUAUACGGGUAUUUGAGGCGAACUACAUGAUACUGACUGAGUACAUGGACGACGCGUGUCAGCGACUCCAGGACGUCAGCACAGCCGCAGUGGAGAAAUGUCUGAAGUGUGGCCAGAAACAGCGGAAGGGUAAUCUGACCAGAGAGGAGCUGGACACUCUAAUGGAAAG